UAACCUGUGAAAUCAUUGUUCUCUCUCUCUCUCUCUCCCCCAUCCCCAGAUGCAGUCUCCCAGUAGCUCUCCAGAUGCCCCCAGCAAGCACCCCACAAACAGGAAGUAGCGGCCUCCAGAAGAUUGCAGGUCCCUAUGGUGGAAGUGGCCCGCGGACCACCUUGCCAUGCCUCCCGCCAUGACGGACAUCCUGGACAUGUGGUCGCCCCUGGCUGGCCAUGCCACGGAGCUGGUCCCCGUAGACUUCCUGCUGCCCACCGGGAUCUACAUCCAGUUGGAGGUGCCCAGCGAGGCCACCAUCCAACACAUCAAGCUGCUCCUAUGGAAGCAGGCCCAGACGUACCCUCUGUUCCCCGCGCUGGGCGAGAUGGAGAGCCACAUGUUCGAGUGUGUGAACCAGGCGGCGGUGCACGAGGAGCUGGAGGACGAGACGCGGCGGCUGUGUGACGUCCGGCCCUUCCUGCCCGUGCUCAGGCUGGUGACGCGCAACUGUGGCCGUGCCGAGCGCCUGCUGGACUCCAAGAUCGGCGUCCUCAUCGGGAAGGGUCUCCAUGAGCUGGACGCCCUACAGGCCCAGGAGGUGAAGGACUUCCGGGCAAAGAUGCUGCGCGUGAGCGAGGCGCGCAUGCAGUUCUACCAUGCCAUGACCUGGAGUGAGUGGCUGCAGGCCUGCUUCUCGCCGCAGAUGGAGACCACUGGCGCCGCCCCGCCCGCCGCCUCCAGCUACAGCCAGGAGGAGUACCUGAAGAUCACCAUCCACUUCGACCAGUCCCAGGACGCAGCCAGCCUGAGGGUGUCCCCGGCCUCCACCCCCACCGAGGUGAUGGAGCAGGGCCUCAAGAAGUGGCUGACCACCCACGGGCCCGAGGGUGACUCCCGGCAGGGGCCCUACGUGCUGAGGGUCAGCCAGCGGCUGGAGUUCCUGUGUGGGGACCACCCCCUCAUCCAGUACAAGUACAUCAAGGAGUGCAUCCAGGCCCGGGAGCCCCCCCACCUCACCCUGGUGCUGACCAGCACCAUCAGGACCAUGUUCGAGAAGGAGAUCUCGGCCAUCGGCGCAGUGGUCUCGCGCAAGUCCUCAAACCCUCCGGUCCCCCUCCCGCCCAAGAGGAGAGCGCCUACGCAAGUACAGACCUGUGUGUGGGACGUGUCUAGCCAGUUUAAAAUAAUCCUCCUGAAAGCAAGCAAGGUGAACGCAGAGGAGACGGCCAAGGUGCAGGUGCGGGCGGGCCUGUUCCACGGCACGGAGUUGCUGUGCAAGCCGGCGGUGAGCAGCGAGAGCAGCGGGCGCUCGGAGCAUGCCUGGUCGGACGGCACGCUGGAGUUCGACAUUGUGGCCAGCGACCUGCCGCGCAUGACGCGCCUCUGCUUCGCCGUGUACGCCAUCAUGGACAAGGUGAAGAAGCAGAAGUCCACCAAGAACACGCACUCCAACAAGUACCAGACCAUCCGCAAGGCGGGGAAAGUGCACUACCCCAUAGCCUGGGUGAACACCAUGGUGUUUGACUACAAAGGCCAGCUGAAGACCGGCGACGUCAUCCUGCACAGCUGGUCGUCCUUCCCUGAUGAACUUGAAGAGAUGCUGAACCCCAUCGGGACCAUCCAGACCAACCCGUACACGGAGAACGCCACCGAGCUGCACGUGCACUUCCAGGAGUACUCCUCGCAACCCAUCGUCUUCCCGCCCUUCGACAAGAUACUGGAGAAGGCUGCGGAGAUUGCAAAAGCCAAUGACCUUGUUCCCAUGGGGCGCGGGGGGAAGAAGUUCCACAUCGAGCUGAAGGAGAUCAUGGAGCGCGACCCGCUCUCCCAGCUGUGUGAAAACGAGAAGGACCUGAUCUGGACGCUGCGCCACGACUGCCACUUGAAAUUUCCCCAGUCCCUCCCCAAGCUGCUGCUGUCGGUCAAGUGGAGCAAGCACGAGGAUAUGGCCCAGCUCCAGGCCCUGCUCCAGAUCUGGCCCCGGCUGAGCCCCAGGGACGCCCUGGAGCUGCUGGACUUCAACUACCCCGACCAGUACGUCCGCGAGUACGCUGUGAGAUGCCUGCGAGAAAUGAGCGACGAGGAGCUGUCCCAGUACCUGCUGCAGCUGGUGCAGGUGCUGCGCUACGAGCCGUACUACGACUGCGCCCUCACACGCUUCCUACUGGAGCGUGCCCAGGCCAACCGCAAGAUCGGUCACUUCCUCUUCUGGCACCUUCGGUCAGAGAUCCACAUGCCUGCUGUUUCCAUCCAGUUUGCCCUCAUCCUAGAAGCCUACUGUCGAGGAAGCAUUCCUCAUAUUGAGGUCCUUAAGAAGCAGGUCGAAGCGCUGAGCAAGCUGAAGUCGGUCAACGAACUCAUCAAGCUGGGCACCCUCAAGACGGCCCGCAGUAAGACCAAGGAGGCCAUGUUGACCAAGGAGGCCAUGAUGACGUGCCUGAGACAGAGCGGCUACUCCGAGACGCUGUCGGACCUGAACUCACCGCUCGACCCCAGCAUCCAGCUCUCCGGCAUCAAUGUGGAGCGCUGCCGCUACAUGGACUCCAAGAUGAAGCCUCUGUGGAUCGUGUACCACAACAAGCUGCUGCGCGGAGACAGCCUCGGCAUCAUCUUCAAGAACGGAGACGACUUGAGACAGGACAUGUUGACUCUGCAGAUUCUGAGGUUAAUGGACCUGCUCUGGAAGGAGAAUAGCCUGGAUCUCAGGAUCGUUCCUUACGGGUGCCUGGCCACGGGGGACCGGGCGGGGCUGAUCGAGGUGGUGUCGUCGGCGGACACCAUCGCCAACAUCCAGCUGACCAGCAGCAACGUGGCGGCGGCCGCGGCCUUCAACAAGGACGCGCUGCUCAACUGGCUGAAGGAGAAGAACUCUGGGGACGCACUGGACCGCGCCAUCGAGGAGUUCACCCUGUCGUGUGCGGGCUACUGCGUGGCCACCUACGUGCUGGGCAUCGGAGACCGCCACAGCGACAACAUCAUGGUCCGCAGCACCGGCCAGCUCUUCCACAUUGACUUUGGCCACAUCCUGGGCAACUUCAAGUCCAAGUUCGGCAUCAAGCGGGAACGUGUGCCCUUCAUCCUCACGCACGACUUCAUCCACGUCAUCCAGCAGGGCAAGACGGGCAACACAGAGAAGUUUGGCAGCUUCCGUCAGUAUUGCGAGGACGCCUAUCUGAUCCUGAGGAAGAACGGGAACCUCUUCAUCACACUGUUCGCCCUCAUGCUCACUGCUGGGCUGCCAGAGCUCACCUCCGUAAAAGACAUACAGUACCUGAAGGACUCCCUGGCGUUGGGCAAGACGGACGAGGAGGCGCUCAAGCAGUUCCGCCAGAAGUUUGACGAGGCGCUGCGAGAGAGCUGGACCACCAAGGUCAACUGGAUGGCUCACAACGUGGCCAAGGACAACCGCUCCUAGGGCAGCUGCCCCCCCUGCGGGGUGGGGGUGUGGGGGGGGUUGGAGGGCGAGGGGCUGAAGGGGGUGGCCACGGAGAGACGCAUAGAAACAACUUAUCUAUAUAUUUAAAGAAGGGAAUGUAGAAGACACCCGCUCCCGCCCCACCUACCCGCCCCGCUCACUGCCUUACGUUGUUCUGAAAGACGGAACAAAGAGAACUUCUUUCAGGCCUUUUGACAUAUUUGUGGAAUAACCUAUGGCACUUGCAGGUUUUGCACAAGUACAGUCGGUGACCGAGCACACACUCACACACACACUCGCAACCCGUGGAAGGAACUUACUCUCCAAACUCUACCGUCUCUCUCCUAUGUCUCCCCACACCAAAUCCCAGCCGCCAGCCCCUAUAGACGUACUGACCGCGGGGUCGGGGGCUCCGGCCCACUGACUGAUGAGGGAGAGGGGUGCUUCAGAGGACGAGUGUGGGUUGGCUAAUUUGUGUCCGGAGAACAUCAGCGGCUGGUCCCACGCACGGAGCCAACGGAGGCAUCACGCGCCACGCCCAACUACUGAACUCUCUAAGAUAAACGACGGGUGUGGCCGGCAAAAAACUGAAAAAAGACGUGGAAACAGGAAGAAGUCUUAAAACUUAGCCAAACUAUAUGCAACGGCCACAAAGGAUCACAACAUUCUUGUUCCUUUACUGCCUCCUGCUAACCAUCAACCGUGUGCCUCAAGUGCGGGAAGAUUGUAUAUUUUUUAUUUUUAUUGUGCGAUUUUUUGCCGUUUUAAGAUUUUUUUUGUUUUUCUCGUUUUGUUUUUAUGUGCCAGACUACUUUAUUGCUCCACAGAAGUGUGUGUGAGAGGAACAAGUUUUUAAAGUUUUUAAAAGAACCAGAGGAAUCGAAUACCUUGAGCCUCGUCCACCAUUGUAAGCUAAGGGGUAGCGUGGAACAUUCCAAACACUGGAACCUUGCAUGAACAAGACCUAGCAGAGAAUAGGAAUUACUGAACGUUUUCUAUCAAAGUAAAAACUUUAUUUUUGAGUUUGACCGAAAAAAUGAUUAAAAGUUGCUUCUUAUUUUUUUUGCUUUAUCUAAUUCAAUCAGAUUUUUUUUGGUUUUUAACAAAGGUAAAUAAAAGCAAUUCUGCUAAAUAUAUCCGCUUUAAGGAGUUCAUGUCUUAUACAGGGCCUUGCCUCAGUUUGUCAGCCUUUCAAAGCACAAUCCACCUUGUGCUAUAAUCUCGACAAUAUCGGAAUCAUGUAACAUGCCUUUCUUAGGACCAAACUAAAGAGAAAAAACUUUGGUUGUUUUAUUGUUAAUACAUAUUUUCUAAUUAUUUGUUCCAAAGUUGAAUGUUCUUGCAAAUAAGUGCCGCUGUAAUUUGAAAUGUAUUGGUUUUGAUAUAGCAGGGUGAGGGACACUGCGAUACAAUGCUCCAAUCUAGCUUUUCGACAUAGGGUGCUCCCUGCAGCACCUGCAUUGGUUGUUGUGCAAUAUCCAUAAACAAAUAUAUGAACUGUAUCUAUUAGCAUAUGAACCCUUGGGCUUCAGGCCCGAGCCCAAACUGGAGGUCCCGGUUGGUUUAUGUGUGAUGCUGCUGUACUUCCCAUAGCCUUUACAUGUCUCCCAGACACUGGAUAUUGUCAAAUGUACAGGCUUUUAUUAUUUCGCUGGUAUUUUGUUUUCAUAGGAGUUUUAUUAAAGUUAUUUUUCACCAAAAA